CCACAAAUAUUUGCAUAGCCUCUCGUAAAUGGCUUAAAACACAAGUUUUCUUUCUCUCUCAAAAAUAAUUAUAACCCUUUCUAAUUUACUUCCCUCUUGGAGGUAUACUGGUGGCAUUGUCACAAAAUGCAAGCCUCUGGCUGCUUUUUCUUGUUCUUAUUCUUCCUCUUUUCUUCGACAUCUUUUCUCUCACACGCAAUCUCCAAUGACGAAGCAUCUUCUAUCGCCCGUCGUCAGAUGUUACACCUAGAAGAAAACGACGAUUUGCCGGACAAUUACGCGGAAAUUGUUAAGACAGAAUUCACUUUUCCUAAUCCCAAUCUUAAACGCGCUUAUGUAGCGCUUCAAGCGUGGAAGAAAGCGAUCUAUUCUGAUCCAACGGGUGUGACCGAGAAUUGGGUUGGUGCUGAUGUUUGUUCCUACAAGGGAGUUUUCUGUGCACCUUCUGUUAAUGAUCCGAAAAUCGAAGUUGUGGCUGGGAUUGAUCUUAAUCAUGCAGACAUUGCAGGCUACAUUCCUCCUGAGAUUGGUUUGUUAACAGAUCUUGCUCUCUUUCACAUUAACACAAACAGAUUCUGUGGGAUUAUUCCGAAAAGUUUUUCCAAGUUAGUACUUUUGCAUGAGGUUGAUAUUAGUAACAACCGUUUUGUUGGAGAGUUUCCUCAACCUCUUCUUCCGCUUCCGGAUGUAAAAUUUAUAGAUAUUAGGUUCAAUAAUUUCGAAGGAGAACUUCCGGGCGAGCUUUUCAAUAAACCGCUCGACGCGAUAUUCUUAAACGACAAUAGAUUUACACAUACAAUUCCAGAGAAUCUUGGAAAUUCUCCGGCAUCCGUUGUUGUUAUUGCCAAUAAUGAGAUCAGCGGUUGUAUUCCUUCGAGCAUUGGCGAGAUGAAAACUACAUUGGAUGAGUUUGUUGCAACCAACAACAACCUUACCGGUUGUUUACCGGCUGAAGUUGGAAAGCUUGAAACAGCAUACGUAUUUGAUGUGAGUGAAAAUACGUUGGUUGGUGUGUUGCCAAGGACUUUGAAGGGAAUGCAGAAAGUGGAAGUUUUGGCUAUUGCGGAUAAUAAACUAACCGGUUUUGUUCCGAAGAGUGUGUGUACUUUGCCUAGUUUGGUAAACUUUACAUUCUCUACAAAUUAUUUUAAUGGUGAAGAAGAAGGUUGUGUGCCUCCAGGAAAAGAUGUUUUGUUGGAGGAUAAGGAUAAUUGUAUACCUGGGAGGCCUAAACAGAAGACAGCAAAUGAUUGUAAUGUGGUUAUAAGUAAACCUGUUGAUUGUAGCAAGGCACAAUGUGGUCAUGGUAGUGGAAGUGAUCAAAAACAAACACCAAGUGAGAACCCAUCACCUUCUGUGCCUAAGCCAGAGCCACAACCUACACCUUCUCCUUCAAAGCCUGAUCCCAAACCUACACCUUCACCUUCACCUUCUAAACCAAGUGAGACUCCAACACCAAUUCCGCAACCCAAACCAACUCCAUCAAAUGAUAAGCCGGAACCCGAACCAACUCCAUCCAAGCCGGAACCCAAACCAACUCCGGAACCUAAACCAACCCCAACUCCGUCGAAAGAAAAGCCGGAACCAGAACCUACCCCAUCUAAAGAGAAGCCGGAACCAGAACCCACACCAACCCCAGAGACACCCAAAGCAGAACCACCUGAAGAGGAUCCUCACAAUGAAGCACCCAAAACAAGAACAAGAUCUCCACCGCCGGUUCAAUCCCCACCACCACCAGUUCAAUCUCCACCACCUCCGGUUCAGUCACCUCCUCCACCAGUUCAAUCUCCACCACCUCCUGUCAAAUCACCUCCUCCACCAGUUCACUCUCCACCACCUCCGGUUCAUUCACCACCACCUCCCGUCAGUUCACCUCCUCCACCAGUCCACUCUCCACCACCUCCAGUUCAUUCACCACCACCUCCAGUCAAAUCACCUCCUCCUCCAGUUCACUCUCCACCACCUCCGGUUCAUUCCCCACCACCUCCCGUUAAAUCUCCACCACCACCAGUCCACUCUCCACCUCCACCAGUACAUUCUCCUCCUCCUCCAGUCCACUCCCCACCUCCACCAGUAAAAUCACCACCACCUCCCGUCCACUCUCCACCUCCACCAGUAAAAUCACCCCCACCUCCCGUCCACUCUCCUCCCCCACCAGUCCAUUCUCCACCACCCCCAGUUCACUCUCCACCACCACCAGUUAACUCUCCACCUCCACCAGUCCACUCCCCACCCCCACCAGUAAAGUCUCCACCACCACCAGUCCACUCCCCACCACCACCAGUUUUCUCACCUCCACCACCAGUCCAAUCUCCACCUCCACCGACUCAAUCCCCUCCUCCUCCAGUUCAAGCACCACCUCCAGAUUACGAAGAUGUCAUUCUCCCACCAGACUUUGGCUCUUCCUACGCUUCACCACCUCCACCAAUCAUCGCUGGAUACUAAAUCCAAAGAUGAUCCGCAACUUUAUUAGAUCCUAUUCUAGUCUCGAAAGCUGAUGCAUCAUCACAGUGCAACAAGAAUCUUCUUUUUUGUCUUGUGAAAUGUAAACUGUUGUACAUUCGCUUUUAUUACAAAAGCAAAACCAAGACUUUAUGCAGAUAAAUGUUUCUAAAUUGUAAUUUACCAUUUCCAUUUUUUUGUUCUAUCAAAUUAUAAUAUUAACCAUAUAGUAUAA